UGGCCAACGUCAACACAAACGCAACUCGAUUCUGACAGAGUGGAGUGGCUGUUAUUCUGUAACACUUUUUAAGGAGACAGAAGAGCUCACACACCAACCAUGGGAGGGGUAAUGAGUUAUUUUCGGGGACUUUUUGGCAGUCGAGAAAUGAGAAUCCUCAUUUUGGGCCUGGAUGGUGCCGGAAAAACCACUCUCCUCUACAGAUUGCAAGUGGGCGAAGUGGUGACCACCAUACCCACGAUUGGUUUUAACGUGGAGCAAGUCACAUACAAGAACCUGAAAUUCCAAGUGUGGGAUCUUGGUGGUCAAACGAGUAUCCGACCAUACUGGCGAUGUUAUUACUCCAAUACCGAUGCUAUUAUCUACGUUGUCGACUCUGCUGAUCGGGACCGUAUGGGCAUCUCCAAACAGGAAUUAGUCUCAAUGCUCGAGGAAGAGGAAUUGAAGUCUGCGAUAUUGGUGGUUCUGGCCAACAAACAGGAUAUCGAAGGCGCCAUGUCCGUCACAGAGGUACAUCAAGCAUUGGGAUUGGAGGCCUUGAAGAACCGGACCUUUCAGAUUUUCAAGGCAAGCGCCAUUCAAGGCGAAGGCCUGGACGAGGCAAUGGAAUGGCUCUCGAAUUCUUUGCAAGCUAAAAAGUGAUCCUUUGAGUUGAGCCUAGAGACGCCUCUCUCUCUAUCGGCUGCUCACAAUUGUUUGAUUUGAUUCACUCUUUUUUGUAUUUUUGUGUUUCUUAAUCUUGAAAAAUAUACGUUGAUGUCACCCUGAA